UUAAUGUAAAUGACAUCUUCAGUUUUGUCAGAAUGUCUGCAGGGAAGGAAACAAACGUAUUAAUAAAAUGAAAUUGCAUUACCAAAAUUCUCUCGCUUCAAUAUGGAAAAUAAAAUAGUUCUCACACCAGAUAAGAAAUAUACAAUUAAAGCUCGGUCAUAUGAAAAUGGAUUCCAAGUGAAAAACAAAGCAGGUCAUGUCAAAGGUAAAUUUAUAAAAAGUGGAAUUGCCAGGUCUCUGGAUACACCAAGGAAUAAGAUGAUUAAAGAAAACGCUACAAAUGAGUGUUACGAUGGUGUAAAAUGUAAGUCACCAGUAAUACAACCCAGGGCUCCAGAUCGUUUCCUUAUUGGAGGAAGACAUAAUAAAUUCAGAUGUUCCGUUGACAAUGUUUCGCACGCUUCUACAGACCUCUCUAAGUACGAAUUAUUGAGGAAUUUAUCUUUUUCUAAUUGCAAUUCCGAUGAAGGAUGCAGCGGUAAUACGUGUAGUAAAAACUCGAGCCCUGUUGAAUAUUCAGUGAAAGACGAACAUCUGGAAAGAUACUUCAGAAGCGCCGAGUUGUGGUCUAACAAUAGUACUUGUGGGGAUCAAGACAGUGUUUUACCUAAUGUCACAGAAUGAGUUACCGUUGGUUUCUGAGACAAUAAUCUUUGUAUAAAACAUAUCGUCAUUAUCCUUGACAAAACA